AUGAGCUUUUGUGAUUUAAAUGUACCUUUUAAAGAUGUGAGAACUACAAGUGAUACAAUAGAUUAUCUAUCUCAACUUGGAUAUGGUGUAGUUGCAAUUACUCAAACACUCAGACCAAAAGAAGCAAAUGCUGAAAAUGUAUUAGAUCAACCAGUAUAUUCAAAACAAUUUACAUCAUCUGGAUGGAUGAAACCAAAUACAAAUAAUCAUACAAUGGAAAUAUACAAAAGACUUAAUAUCGUCAUUGAAAAGGUUGAAGAGUUAAAAGACUUGGAGAGAUCAUUUCAAAAAAAGUUUCAACAAUAUCAUUUGAUUUCGAUUACAACAGCCGAUCGUAUGGUAAUGGAAGCCAUCUCUAUUCUACCUUGGGUAGAUAUCAUCAAUUUUCAAGGCAACGUUAAAUCAAGAAUUAGAACUGAAGUUUUAAGAAAAGGUUAUGAUAAAGGAAUUCAUUAUGAAAUUAAUUAUAAUGAUAUUUUUAAAAUGGAUGGAUCAUUUAUGGCAAAUACAACAGAAUUAAUUAGAAGUUCAAAAGGGAAAAAUGUUAUUAUUAGUAGUGGAUGUGAUAAAACUAGAUUAAUGAGAUCACCAUAUGACAUUGAAAAUAUGGUUUCAUUGUUGGGAAUGUCAACUGAACAUGCAAGAUCAGCUCAUACCAAACAUGCCAAAUCAGUCAUUCUCAAGGGUCUAACUAGACUAACUCAUUUGGGUAUUAUAGAUUCAUUCCCUCAUUCCAAACUACAAGAAUUAGAAAAAUGGAAAAUGAUCAAUGACCUAGCAACAAAUCCAACUAAAAAUAAUAUUCCAGAAGAAAAAGAAAAAGAAAUGGAAAAAGAAAAAGAAAAUCAAGAACAAGAUGUAGAUAAAAUGAAAGAAUAA